GUUCUUUGGUCCUUGCCAUGGAGCCUUUGCCGUCUCGCUCUACCAAGCCCCACCUUAUCAUUCGCAUAAUAUAAUAAAGCUAAAGGCAUAGUUUCUCUCCCGUUUGUGAUCUCACAAGGCCCACGCUUCAAAAUGUCAAAGGAAAUGUCUUUGUACCCGCAUCCCCGUCGCGUUGUUACCGGCCAUGAUGAGAAUGGGCAUGCAGUCUUUAUGGCUGACAGCAGAGUACCAUGUCUCCCUGUGGCAAUCAACUGCAACUUUGCUGUUCUAUACGAGACCCACGAGUUCCCCAUCUCUAAUGACGGAUGGGAAGAUCCAAUCUUGAAGAAGACAGAAAGUCUGGCAAAUCACACGGGGAUAGUUCUUCGAUGUGUUGACUUUAAGCCUAAUACCAAGACGAUGUUCCACCGCACCGAAUCGUUGGACUUUGGCUUGGUUUUUGACGGAGAGGUCGUGUGUUACUUGGAUAACGGCGUAGAAUUGACCCUCAAAGCCGGUGACACAUGUGUUCAACGCGGAACCAUCCACGGUUGGGAUAAUAGAACAGAUAAGCCGGCGCGUAUCUUCUUCAUCCUUAGUGGUAAGUCUCCCAACAUAUUACACUCCACAGACUUUGUGGAUCCCGUUGUGGAUCCCCCGCGCUACUGUUGCUGAUAAAAUAAAGCCGCGAAACCCGUGCAAGUUGGAGGCAAGAUGCUGAAUGCGACUGGGUUCG